CCUUUUCUGCAUUGAUUGAGAUGGUCACGUGAUUUGUUCUUGGUUCUACUUUUGUGCUACAUCACAUCUCCUGAUCUGCCUGUGUUUAGUCUUCGUUACCCGGGAAUAAAAGCAACUUAAUCAUGGUGUACGAUUCUUCACUGUUUUAUUGAAUUUGCUUUGUGUUUUGUUGAAGAUUUCCAUUCAUUAGGAAAAUUAGUCUCUCUCUGUUUUUUUCUCUCUGUGGUUUUGGUAUCAAGAAAAUUUUGGUUUCAUAGAAAUAGUUUAGAAGCAUUUCUUUUGUCUCUAUUUUAUAGAACAGUUUUUAUGGGCAUUGGAAAUAGAUCUUUAAAGGUACAGUAGAGCCCAACAGUAAGUUUAUCUGAUCUUGGGCACACAAAUAAACUUAAAGCAACAAUAUUUAAAAAUCCACCUAAUCCUACAGUUUUGUUUGUGGGGUUUUGCUUCACUCUUAUUGAAGACUUAAACCCUUUUCUUUACUUUUGUGGAUUUUUUUUUUAAAGAUUUAUUUAUUUAUUAUAUAUAAGUACACUGUAGCUGUCUUCAGACACACCAGAAGAGGGCAUCAGAUCUCAUUACAGAUGGUUGUGAGCCACCAUGUGGUUGCUGGGAUUUGAACUCAGGACCUCUGGAAGAGCAGUCAGUGCUCUUAACCGCUGAGCCAUCUCCCCAGCCCUACUUUUGUGGAUUUAUGUCUUUCAUUAUUUCAGUUUAAUUAAGUUCACUUAUCUUCUAAAAUAAAUCCUCUUUUCAUAAAUCUUUUGCCCUUUUUGCCCCUACUUUAUUUAUUUCGACCCUGAUUUUUUUUUUUUAUUACUUUCCCCUAAUUUUGUGUCUGGCUUAUUCUCUAGAGCCUUGAGGUGCAGCAUGAGGUUAUUUAUUUGAGGUCUCCUUGCUAUUGUUGUUUACACUGGGACAGGGUCUCCUUAUGCAGCCUAGGCAGCCUGUACACAUGGGAUCCUUCUGCUUCAGCCUGCCGAGUGCUGGCACUGCAGGCUGGCACUGCAGGCUGGCAUGGCAGGUGGUGCCACCAUGCCUGGUUCAUGAUUCCAAAUAUGGGCCUAACUGUCAGACGUCUUAGAACUUCCGUAUCUGUAUCCCAAAGGUUUUACCAAAUGAUCUCUUCCUUUCCCUUUGACUCUAAGAGCUUCUCAUUGCCCUUAUUGAUUGAUCCAAUGACCCACGAAGCAUUCAAAAGCGUUUUGUUCAAUCUCCAUGUGUUUGCAUAUUUCCUGUAGUUCCACAGACUGUUUUCAUAUCUGCUGGGAAAAAUGUGUAUUUUGCAGUUGUUCGAAUAUUUUUGUGUUUGUGCGCAUGUAUGUAUCCAUAUGGGUGUGUGUGUGGGCAUACACGAAUGUGGAGGCCAGAGGUUACCUUUUUUCCUCAUUGUUUAACACCUUACUGUUUUCUGAGGUGGAAGGCUCUCCCUGAGCUCAUGAAUUCAGCGAGGUCUGCUGGCCAGUGAGCUCCUGGGGGCUUCCUGUCUGCUCUUCACUGCUCCAGCACAGGAGGAGACAUGCAGUGCCAUUUUGGCUUUUAUGUGGAUGCUGGGGACAGGAUUCAGGUCCCCACGUUGCAUGGCGGGUACUUUACCAAAUGAGCAAUCCCAGCCCCAGUAAAUUGCUCUUUCAUGGCUAUCAAAGGUGGCAUUCUCAUUAAUAACGUAUUCUAGUUAGAAUCAUUAUUUCAUUAUACAACUUGGAUUACUAAUGAGAAGAAAUGCCUGAGCAUUAGAAAUAACCUAUAUUAGCCAGGUGUGGUGGCACACACCUUUAAGCCAAGCAUUUAGGAGGCAGAGGGCAGGUGGAUUUCUGUGAGUAUCAGGUCAGCCAGGACUACACAGUAAGACCUUGUCUCAAAUAAUUAAACAAAUAAACAAAUAAACCAACACAACAACAUUCCUCAAAACAAAACCAAAAAAACUAAUGCUACUUUAAAGUUAGACCUGGUAACAUAGGGCUGUAAUCAGAUACUCGGGCACCUGAGGCUGGCCGAUUGCAAGCAGCAGGCCUGCCUAGGCUACAGAGUUAAGUUCAAGGCCUGAGGAACCCAGUAAGACCUAUAUAAAAACAAACAAAAAACCCCAAAUAUGUGUCUAGGUAUAUAGUUUAAAUGAAAUACCAUACAUUAAAAGUACUUGGAAUUUAGAGGCAGGAGGACAAGGAGUUUAAGGUCAUUCUCUGCCGCUCUGUGAGUUGGAGACAUGCUUGGCCCCUGGGAAGCUGUGAAUCUCAGUCCAGUGCAGAAGGGACCCUCCUCCUGGCUGCCUGCAGAGAAGACUCCCCUCUGUCUGCCUUUGGAUCAAGAUGUAGAACUCAGCCACUCCUGCACCAUGUGUGCCUGACUGCUGCUGUGCUUCUGGCCAUGAUGAUAAUGGACUGAACGUCUGAAACUGUAAGCCAUCCCUAAACAAAUCUUUUAUAAGCACUGCCUUGGUCAUGGUGUCUCUUCACAGCAAUGAAACACUAAAACAGAGGACUAUCCUGUACUACAGAAAACCCUGCCCCUAAACAAAACAACAAUAAAACCCACACAUUAACAAGGGUCAAUCAUAUUAAUGAGAAGGAUGCUGGAGAACCUCUGGCAUCACUGUGCAAACGAAGAAACCCUGUGACGCUUUUUGGUUUGCACCAAAUAUAGUGUUUGGAGUCUGAGGAACACACAGGUUCAAAAGGCAUUUUUUGCCUUUUAGAAGGUAGAUCAGUUAAUAGAAAGUUACAAUUUAACAAAUGUUUAAGUGAUUGUGCAGUAAUUUUUUUUUUUUUUUUUACUUUAUAAAAGCUGAAGCUCUCGUCUCUGUCCUUUCCCCUUGACAUUUCUCCUAAUCAUCUCCCAAUUAUCAAAUCCACCCCUGCCCUGGGGAUAGCUAAUAAGUGCUUUGUCCCUAACCUGUCUGUCUGUCUGUCCAGUUUUGACUCUUGUGUAUAUGGCAACUGGCUGAAGUAGACAAGGACACAUCUACAGGAGAGACUACUGCUGGGAGCCGCAGCUCUAAGAACCUCUUAAAAAGCAGUCUGCUAAUUAAGUUAUGCUCUUUUUAACCUUUCCUCUGUGUCCAUUUACACAAAAUAACAUUCAAACUGCUUUAGAAAUAAGUCUACCAGAAAUGCAGCAUCUUUCAAAAGCUUCCUUAAUAUCACUGUAACUUCAUGUUUAUUUAGCCACAAACACCAGUGAGUCCCAUUCCUCCUAACUCUAGCACAUCAGCAUUCCCACCCAGUCGCUCCUGGAAAUGCCUCCCGCCCCCCACUGCAGUUCCCAUUUGGUGCACGAGUCUGAAAAGCAGCAGACUCUUUUCCAUGAUCAUAGAUUUUAAAUAUUUACUUGCUUGUACUGCAUAAUUUAGCACGCUGGAGUUGGAAAGCGGUUUAUAUGGUAGCUGACUCCUUGCCAGUGUUAGAGAAUAGAAAGUCCCUCUGUGGCUCCUGUGUGAAGUUGUAAAGAUGUAAGGCAUUCUCAUUUCCUUUUCAAUUUAAGUUUGUUUUACCACAAAUCUACAGAAAGUCUCUGCUUGUGGUGUACAUAUAAUAUACCAUAAUUUUCUGUGGUUACCAUAGAAAUCCAAGCCCUGGUUCUCAUGGUUCGUUAAUAUAGUAUGCCAAAAAUUAAAAUACAGCCAUUCUGGUAGUACACCUGUGAUGGUAAACCUUGGUGGUCAAUUUGUCUACAUCUGGAAUUACUUCCGACUAAAAUUGCUGGGCACUGUGGUGAGUUUUCUUUUUAUAUUUAUUUAUUUAUUAAUUAUAUAUGAGUACACUGUAGCUGUCUUCAGACACACCAGAAGAGGGCAUCAGAUCUCAUUACAGAUGGUUGUGAGCCACCAUGUGGUUGCUGGGAAUUGAACUCACAACCUUUGGAAGAGCAGUUAGUGCUCUUAACAACUGAGCCAUCUACCUCUCCAGCCUGUGAGGGCUUUUCUUAAUCAGAUUAUUUGAAGUAGAAAGACCCACCCUAAAUUUAGACCACAAUUAUUUUGGUCGCAGCCCAAAUAAAAAGGAAGGAAGCUGUUCUAUGUCCAUCCCUCCCACCCCACUCUGUUUGCCGGCAAGUUCAUUUAUCCUGUAGCUGCCAAUACUAAAUCCAGCUUCUUUGGAACUGAAAGGAAGACAGCACUCCAGCAAUCUUCUAGGAUCCCAGUGCUAGACUGGGACUUCUGAGACCUCUAGCCUCAUGGACCAAGUAACUACUAGAGUCUCGGCCUUUCCAAUAUGAGACAGCCAUUGUUGAAUGACUUGGACGACAUCCUGUAAGCAAGUCUAAUAAAUACCCUUCUAAUAUAUACUCAUUCUAUCAGUUCUGUUCCUUUAGAGAACCCUCAUACAAGUCCUUAUAGAAGUUAUGAAAAGGCUCGGCACAGCUUGUGAGAUUUGUGUUAUCUCGUUUAAGUCAUCAGAAAGUGUUCUGCAUUUCAAAAUAUAAAACAAACUAUUCAAGCAGACAAAGGAGCAGAUAAGUUGUUAUCUUGCUAAUAAAUGCCGGUCUUGUCUUGUCAUACCCCUCUAUUGAUUAUUUAGACUGUCUCACGUGGCUGGUGAAUAACUUGCUCUAGUAAUUAUAGGCAACUGUUUUCAUGAGAAUAACGGUAAAAAUAAUUUUCCUAGUGUCAUAGCACAGAUCUCCUUUUCCGACACUAGGUGGUUGAGAAAAGAUAGAGUUCUGAGCCAGCCUGGCCAUAUUGCAAGAUCCUAUCUUAAAACAAAACACCACUCAAUUCUUGUCGUGAAGCACAGUUAAAAUUCAAAGAACAUAUUUUGUAUUCCAGAAGGCUUUCAUUCUCUCGCUGUUUAACUGUCGGCUAACAGAGAUUGUUGAUCUUUUUCCUUGUAGUUUCUGCUCUUAUUUCUUAUGCAUUGCUCCAACAGUCUGCAUUACUGAAAACAAUAUAUUAGUAGAAUUACAUUUUGUUACCAUUUGCUCUUUCUCUCCCCAUUUCUUAAAAGGCAGGUCCUGUACUACAAUUCUUGACAAAAAUUUGAAUGUGAAAACUGAAUGCACACGUCCCUAGAUGCUCCACCUGGAUGUAAUUAAUACCCCUACCACAGCUUGCCUCGGAGUAGAUGUGGGUUUGGUCCUAAGGACCCAGAGCUCUGUGCAUGCUGGAUCUUGUAGUCCGAGACCGCAGGAGCUCACGGUGCGUGGCGGCUGGUAGCUGAAGUGCAGUAGUUACAGCUACGAGGGACAGCUGUAAUCCUAACACAGGCCUACCGCUCACAAAUACACGGCGCUAGGCUCUGAGCUUGCAGCCUGGGAGCUUAGGGUCUCGGACAGGGCUAUCUUCAGGACCGCGGCCUACGGAGGCUUCGGAGUCCUGUGCUACGGUGGCCGCGCAGGGCCGCGUGCCGCACGUCCCGCGGUGCGUACGCGCUGUUCCGAGCGGCUGCUGGAGCCUGAGCGUGUGCUGGUGUGCGGACUCCUGCGCAGCAGUACAGUUAUUCAGUCCUGUGUCGCCGAGGGGAUCGCUUGAGGCUGGCGGAGUGGAGAAGGGAAGAGUCCAAAUUAGUGUAGUGUCAUAAGCUAAUUGACUGGUUCACCUGCCGUAAGAAUUUGACAACUGAAGUUACCAACCGGGCAUUGUGAGUAAAAUGAGUUUAGAGGUCACUUAAUUAAUCUAUAAAAUGGAAUGCAUAUAUGUUUUUAAAAGAAUGUUUUGCUAUGCGAGUGUUUUUCUACACAUAUGUCUGUUCAUUGUUUGUGUGCCUGGUGCCCCCUGAAGUCAGAAGAGGGCACCUGAUCCUGGGAACUGGAGUUGCAGAUUGUGAGCCACCAUGUGGGUGCUGGGAAUUGAACCAAGGUCAUCUAUAAAAAUACAAAAUUAGCCAAUGCUGGUAAUCCCUGAGCCAACUCUUCAGCCCCAAUGCUGAUAUAUUGAAAAAUGUUUUGUGAAACUCUUUUUUUUGAAGCUUUGUUCUUAAUAGUUUGAUAGCAUUGGUAAACAUUUUUAUAUUACUAUUUACUAAUAUUAUACACAGAGAUAUUUUGUGUCUUAUUUUCUGGGAACCCUGUAAUUUAAGUAAUUUAAGUGACUUUUACAGCUUCCCUUCUAAUUACGGUGUUACAGUGUUUCGAAUGCUGUUUUGCUUUGCUUUAAAACUGUCUAACUGCGGGGUUGGGGAUUUAGCUCAGUGGUAGAGGGCUUGCCUAGCAAGCUCAAGGCCCUGGGUUCGGUCCCCAGCUCCGAAAAAAAGAAAAAAGAAAAAAAAAAAACAACUGUCUAACUGCAACCUGGGCUGACCCCAACUGUCUUCCCUCCUCAGUGUCCAGAGUGCUGAGUUUAUAGGCCUGUAUCCAGUGUCAUUCUUCUUUAAGAGAUACAAUUUAUAAUUAUCAAAAAGAUUAAAACAUAUACUCCUGAGUUGGGAUUAUUUCUAAUCAAUCUGAAAUACUUUCAGUUAUGUUUACGAUUAUAAAUGUAUAUUAUUUUAGAACCGGUGCAUGCCUGUAACUCCAGCUCUCAGGAGGCUGAGGAAAGAGGGGUUCCAUGGAUUUGAGGCCAGGCUGGGAUACAUAGUUUGUUCUUGGUCAGCUUGGGCCAUAGAGUGAAACUCUGCCUCUGAACAUAACAAAACAAAUAAACCCUAAACCACCAAACCAAAAGAGAAAAAAAAAAUGACCUCCACAGAAAACCAAAACCCAACAAAAUUCAUUUUCAGAAUUCAUCUAUUCAUAAAAUUCUUUAUUGGAAAAAAGGUAAGAAGCUACACAACUACAUAAUUUUAAAAAUAUAUUUUUCUGAGAGUUUUGAGUUUCAAGUUGACGUUUUCCUGAGACUUCAGUCAUUUCCUAGGUAGUUAUUGGGUUCUUACUAUUUAAUGAAAUGAUGACAUUUAUUGGUCAGAUCGCCUCGCCUCCAUGGCUCAUCUUUGUACUGUAUGAUUUCAAAGCAUUAUCUCCACAUUCUGUGAGCUCAGUGAGCUGUCAUUAUUGAUGUUUUGCAAAUGGAGAAACUAAAGCUCAAAGUCCAAUUCUUUUUAUUUUUAUUUUUUAUUUUUUAAAUAUGUAUGUGUACACUGUAGCUGUCUUCAGACACACCAAAAGAGGGCAUCAGAUCCCAUUACAGAUGGUUGUAAGCCACAGUGUAGUUGCUGGGAUUUGAACUCAGGACCUUUGGAAGAACAGUCAGUGCUUUUAACCUCUGAGCCAUCUCUCCAGCCCCAAGUCCAGUUCUUUUUGAUGCUUCUCAAUGCACCAAAGCUGCAAAGACUUGUUCGUUGUCUUGGGAUGCACAAAGAGCAUUGGUUCAGCAAAUAUGUGCUCAGUGGUCAUUCUAUAUCUAUCCAUUUCUAUCUUUCUGUUUGUAUAUUCAUUUACCUGUCAUAUAUCUCUUCAUCCAUGUUUAACUCCAUGUAUCCUUCCAUCCAUGUGGCUACCAUCUACCAUCCUGUGACAGGAUUUCAUCUAUCUUAAGUAGUGGGCAGAGAUUGCUUAAGUUAUGAGGAGAGUGAUUUCAGGUGGAAGCAUUAAGUGAACAAAUCUUUAGAGAUUUUAGCUGAAUUGUGGAGGCUAGAGAUUCGAAAGACACCAGUGGACCGCCUUGUGUCGUCAGCUGUCAUGCACGUACCAGGUACACAAUGUCUGCAUUCAAAGAAAACACUUCUCAGUGAGUGAGAGACAAGACUCAGAUGUGAAGUGCUGAGCUGCACACUUCCCAAGGAUCACAUCGAGAACGGAAGGAAUCCGAGAGCUGUUGGUGAAAGGACCUGCACCAUGUGUUUGCCGUUGAGUUGGGGGGAUGGGCUAGCAGCCUACAGACCAGGAUGGCUGGUUGGCAGCUUUGAAGACGUAGACCAGGAAGGUGGCUUGGGGAUUCACCUGUUUCUGAUCAAAUCAUAGGAUUUACAUAAUUUUCAGAAUUUACUAUUUUAUGAGUUACCGUCAAUUAAACAGGCUAUGAUUGUCAACUAUAUGAUAUGUUUUGGUUUCAGAGUUAAGUUGCAAGAUUGUUACCAGAAUUUAUGUCAUUAGGUAUUUCUUAUGUCGGAAAGUGAGCCUUAUAACCACUUUAUUUUUAUUUUUAGGACUAUUUAUGAAUCCAUUUGUAGUCUUUAUCUCACAUAUAACUUUUAUAUAUUAACUAGGCAUUCUUCUAGGUCACAGUGUAGCGAGCGCCUAGUUUCUAUUGCUGUGAUAAAACACCAUGACCAGGGGUUGGGGAUUUAGCUCAGUGGUAGAGCACCUAGCAAGCACAAGGCCCUGGGUUCGGACCCCAACUCUGAAAAAAAGAAAAAACAAAAAACAAACAAACAAAAAAAACCAAACACCAUGACCAGAAGCAAGUUGGAGAGGAAAGGGCUUACUUGACUUACAGUUCUACAUUGUUGUCUAUCUUUAACAGAAUCUGGAGGCAGGAAAUGAUGCAGAGGCCAUGAAGGAGUGCUGCUUUCUGCGAUGCUCAUCAUGCCUUGUUCAGUCAGCUUCCUUGUAGAACCAAGGACCCCUAACCAAGGUGGACUGGGACCUCCCCCAUCAGUUACUAAUUAAGAAAAUGCCUCGUAGCCGGAUCUUAUAGCGGCAUCUUCUCAAUUGAGGUUCCCUCCCUUCAGAUAACUCCAGCUUGUGUCAAGUUGACAUAAAACUAGUCAGCACAGUGAGUAAAAUAGUCUAUCACAAUCAAAAUGUGUAAUAGAGAAGGCAGGCGUACACCAGAGAGUCAUAUUUGAAGUUACACCUAUGUCAAGUGCUCUUACAAAAGGAGUUGAUGCUCUUUAUCCUGAGGAAGAAUGUAGUUUAGAGGGGAAGACUGAAGGUGGGAGAGCCCAGUAAGGAGAGAGUUAGGAUAGCCUACUUGUGGAUGAGACAACCUGGAGAAGGGUAGUCAGGGCAGAAUCCAAUGGAUGUGAGAGGUGAGGGAGACGGUGACGUCAGUGAUUACCCCUUGGCAGUUAGCUUUAAGACAAAGGCCUUGUGUCCGCUGGGCAGUGGUGGAUUCUUUGAGAUAGAGAUCAGUGAAAGAUCUGGUUUCUAGGAAUAAACCUUUGCUAUUGGUAUUUUUAUUGUGACAGUGAUGUUAUAGAUUAAUGUUUUACUUAAAUGUUUUUCUUGUAUGCCAUUGCUUUUGUGUGUGUGUGUGUGUGUGUGUGUGUGUGUGUGUGUAAGACAAUGUCUCACUAUGUAGCCUGGAAUUUACAACAGAGCGACCUGCUUCUGCUUCCUGAAUUUAGUAUAUUAGAAUAAUGGAAUGUCAGAUUCUUUUGGUCUCUUUUAUCUUUGAAGGCGAAAGGGGGGAGCUAUAGGUGAAAGAAUCUGGAAAUACGUUGGCACCUGUUUUGAAUUUGCGAGUGACAUAGUAAAACCAUUUACGAUAGUUUGAGCGUGGUGGUUUGAAUGUAAAUCCCCUCCCUCAGCACUCCCCUCCCCGCCAAGGCUUAUAGGGAGUGCAUCAUUUGAAAGGAUUAGACACAAGGCCUUGUUAAAGUAGGUGUGGCCUCAUUAGAGGAUUUGUGUCCCUGAGGGUAGGCUUUGAGGUUCCUAAUGCUCAAGCCUGGCCUGGUGUUUCUCUCUCUGCCUGAGGAUUCAGAUGUAGAACUCUCAGCUACCUCUCAGUACCAUGUCUGCCUGUGUGUUGCCAUGCUUCCCACAUGAAAAUAAUGGCUCAAACCUCUGAAAACAUAGGCCAUCCCCAAUUAACUGUUUGUGUUUAUAAAAGUUGCUGUGGUCAUGGUGUCUCUUCCCAACAAUAAAAUCCUAACUAAGACAUUGAGUGGUACCUUAUUAAAUAACCUUUUUACUUUUUUGUCUUGAGAUUUGGCAGUAAAUAGGGCAUCUGGCUAAAUUCUGACUUCACUUACUUGGUUCUUAUAUGAAUACACAUGUACAUAGAACCUUUUUCCUUCAGGACCUCUCAAGUGUGUGCUUUUUGAUGGGUCCUGAGUCAGUACAGUCAGUUUUGAGUUCAUAUUUCGCAUCGUGGUAAUGUAGAGGGGUAGUGUGGAGUAUAUGACAGAGUAAUUGGGCUUGGAGUCAGUAUAGUUGAAUUGAGCGUCUCUUGUUACGUACCAGAGUACAGCCAUACAGAGUUGUGCAGAAGAGCUUAGACACUGAGACUAGUAGAGCUGGCCUUAUCCUUGUCAUAAGGGUCAGGAGAGCUGCUGUCCACCCAGGCUCCCCAGCGUCCCUGGUGCAGUUUUGGUGAUUGUUAUUAGCAUGCAUAUUCUGAGAUCAUGUCACUUUGGUGACAGUGCUUCUUCAGCUGUAUUGCUUGGUAGUUGGUAUUUGGCUUUGGAGAAAACAUUAUCUAAUUUAGCCUUUUCUAUUCAUUAUGGUCCUGAGAUGACUUAGCGCAGGGUUCUCAGACAAGUGUCGGAUUGGUUUGUGAUUAUUUAUCAAUUGUUAGAAUGUGUCAUUCCCGUAAGUCCUCAUGGGUAGUGGAGGAAGCAGUUAAGCCGCUGUAAGGUCAACCUAACGUCUACCUUUUCCUGGAAGCCCAGGCUUAGGUUGCUAGCUUGAGCACUAGCCCUCACUGGAGCUUUGUUAUUGUGGAUUCGCUUUCAGUAUUUCCACAUUCACAGAUGCUUCUUUCUUACUGGGCUGUUCGGAAGUAAGAUGACACCAUUAUGACACAUCCCUUCUAAAUGUUUCCUCAGGCAGAUUUGAUAAUGAGGUCAUUUUCGUAUGACCAAGCCACCAUUAAUACACCACAGCACCUUAACCUUCAUGUUAUCUAUCGUAUCAUCAAUAUUCAAAACCCCGACUUUUCCCAAACAGGACAACAAUAUUACCAUAAUCUAGUUAUACUUCAUGGAAUAUAUUGAGUUGUCAUAUUUCUGUUUUCUUUUCUCUUUGUCCUUUACUUUUGCAGUGCUAGAACUCAGACCUAGGGCAUCUGGCCUGCUCGUGUGGGCAGUUGUUCUUCCAUUAGCUUCUCCCCACCCUUCUCUUCUUUUUUUCUUUUGCAGAGAACAUCUUCUCCUCCUCUCCUGCUCCCUCCCGCCUUCCCUCUGUCCUUACCUUAAAAGGCAAUUGAUAUUUUUUGAAUAAAAACCAAUUAUUUUUGCAGAGUACCUCACAGAAUCAAUAGAUCUGAUCCCCUCCAAUCAAUUAGGUUCUGGGUGCCCUGGUUAGUUUUAUUGUGGCCUGGGAAGAGGAACCUCAGUUGAGGAGUUGCCGUCAACAGACUGCCCUAUGGGCGCGUGUAGGAGGUAUAUCUUUGAUUGAUGACUGAUGUGGGAGGCAGUGCUACUGUGGGCGGGUAUUUGUGUGUUGUGUAGAGAAGCAAGCCAGUACUCACUGUUCCUUCAUGAUUUCUGCUUUAGUUCCCACCUCCAGGUUUCGCUCCCACCUGCCCUUAGCUGCUGAUUUGACCUCCCUCCAUGAUUUAAGAAUUCUUAAAAACAUUUUUGCAGUGCAGUAUAAUCUGUUACCGUCAUUCUGUUUUUGUUUUUAUUUUUUUUUUAGAUUUUUAAAAUGAGUGCUUAUUUGCAUGGAUGUCUGUGCACAUGUGCAUGCAGUGUCUUCUGAGGCCAGGACAGGGUGUCAGAUCCAGUAUCAGGUGUCAUUCUUUUUUUUUUUUUUUUUCCCCCCGGAGCUGGGGACCGAACCCAGGGCCUUGCGCUUGCUAGGCAAGCGCUCUACCACUGAGCUAAAUCCCCAACACCUUCAGGUGUCAUUCCUGACACUGGAGUUACAGAUGGUUGAGAGCCAUCAUGUGGAUGCUGGGAACCUGGCUCCUCUGGAAGAGCAGUCAGUGCUCUCUUAACCACUGAGCCAUCUCUCCAGCCCCACCCCUUUUUGUUUGUUUUGGUGAUAAAUUAUCUCUGAUUUGGUCAGUGGCAGCCUCCAAGCUUGUUCCCAUUUCCUGUGGAUAUGUUCUCAUCAGGUGUUGAGCAUUUUCUUAUCUUUUACACUGUAAGAUGUUCUGUGCUCAUCUGGUCCAGUUUCUGCUGGAGAUCUGGAAUCAGCUAUUUAACCAUAAAGUCCUGGAUCAUUUACUGCAAGUUGAUACUUAAGAAACCAAGAUCUGGGCGUUGAAUAUGCCACUGGUAUUUUUGUUUCUAAACCUUUUAAACAGCCACUCAUCUGUACUCUUUUAAAAAGAAACCAUGAGUUCAUAGAAUAGUGUCUGUUCAAGUUCAGCAUAGAAGAGUUUUCUUCACUUCUUCAGUUCAUCCAUCUCUCCCAUAUGUUUGUGUGUGUGUGUGUGUGUGUGUGUGUGUGUGUGUGUGUGUGUAUGUGUGUUAGGGAGAAUUGGGCUUCUCAACCGCAUCAACAUAUUUGCUUAUCCAUUCUAUUCUGUAACACACACAUUUAAGAUUACUAGCUCAUCAUUGUGCCCAACAACACAUCUAGGAAAUAAUAAAGGUUACUUUGCCAUUUUAUGACCCUAGACUAUUGUCUUCAAAGUUAUAUUCUCAAUUUAAAAUAGGUAUCUAGUAAACUACUUUUUUUUUUUUUUUUUCAGAGCUGGGGACCGAACCCAGGGCCUUGCGUUUGCUAGGCAAGCGCUCUACCACUGAGCUAAAUCCCCAACUCCCUAGUAAACUACUUUUUAAUAGAUUAUAAAAUCAGUCAUUUACAAAACUACUAAAGUAGACGUUAUAAUGUAAACUUUAUCAUAGUAUGUAGUUAUAGAGAAUUCAGGAGCAGUUAUAUCCACUAAGAACAUAUAGCUUAUAGUUGUUUUUACCUUUGUAAGGAUUCAAAAUUGUGGGUAUCUUUCACAAUUGCUGCAAUAUUAUUUAAAAUUAAGAAUCAUUAAAAAACCCAGCAGUUUCUAUUUGAAAGGCAAAGCGAUUGAAACAAUGUUCUUCUUUGGAGAGAUGACACAAUUCAGGCAACAUUCUUUAACAAUGGACACAAUUGUUGAGAAUACUAACACAUUCCUGAGUGUUAUGUGUUUUCCUGCAUUAUGUUCAGAAUAGAAAGAUGCAUUUGUAUGUCUUUGGUUUUUGUAUCUGAACAGUGCAGUUGUAACUGUGUUUGUCCUGUGAUACUGUUUGUGUGUGAUGCUCUCACUGAGAAGGGGAAAUAUUUCUGUCCUGUCACUCUUUGUAUCCCUGUGUGAUGCAUGACCAUUUAGUAUAUUAGCAUCUAAGGUAGAUGAAGGCAGGAGCUGAAUUUCAUGGCUUGAAUUAUUUCCUUAGUGCUUUGUUUCUCAAAUUAAUUUGUGAAUGAGUGAGAUAUUUUGUGUUUAAAUGGUAUAUAGUUACUGCCCUCAACACCUGUGAAGCUUUUCUGGGUAAAAGUGACCAAUGAAAGAUAAUUUGGGAAAGAGUAUAUCCAUAUUUCUUACAAAUUUCAAACUCAGUGUCUUAUUUCAUUAAAAUUUUAUCUAUCAUCUAUCUAUCUAUCUAUCUAUCUAUCUAUCUAUCUAUCUAUCUAUCUAUCUAUCUAUCUAUGAAUGAAUGAGUGUUUUGCCUGCAUGCUAAUCUGUGCACUACAUACAUGGUUGGUGACUUCGGAGGCCAGAAUAUGAUGUUGGAUUCCUGGGAUUAGAAUUAUAGAUGUCGUGAGCUGCCAUGUGGGUCCUCUGCAAGAGCAGCCAGUGCUCCUAACCAUUGAGCUCUGUCCCCAGCUCCUUACUAUAUCUUGUUUUAAUUUAAACUUAGCCUCCUCCAUUUGGUUUCUUGUUUCUGUUAGUGUGACCAUUGUCCUCCUAGAUGUCAGAUCUUUGCAUUAUUUAGGACUCUGUGUGACCCAUUCUAGCUGUAUGGUCAGUUCCACCAUUUCAGCUUUCUGCUAGCAUCCUGUUUCUAACCCUUCAUCAGUACUUUGGUCAGGCCUUCAUUAUUUACAGCCUUCUGAUCUGUUGAAGGAACUGGGGCUCAUCCCUGUGGAAAAGAGAAGAUUGGAUGGGAUUAGGUAGGGCGUUUUAAAAUAAUCAGCUGGAGACUGCAUGUGGGGGCAGAAGCAGGUGGGGAUCCUUGUGAGUAAGAGGCCAGCCUGGUCUACAUAGCAAGUUUCCAGGGCAGCCAGGAUUACAUAGACCCUGCCUCAAAGACAGAAAACCCACCACCACCCACAAGACGACAAAACAACAAAACAAAUAACCAACCCACACUAGCUGGGAUUUCAAGUUGAAGAAGAAUUAGUUUCUAAGGGCCGAAGCAUGACCAGUUAUUAGAAAUCAUAGGGGAGAAUUCUGGUUCCAUAUUACAUGGUUUCUGGAGACUGAAUUUUUGUUCUUAUACUUGUCAGACAAGCAAUUUAUGAAUGGAGUCAUCACCCUAGCCUACCAUAUACUAUCUUUCAAGGAAAUGUAGUUGUUAAACAUGAGCAAAUAUCCUGAAGUUAAAAUGAAUUCUCUGGAACAGUUCACAGGAGAAUGAAUAGUUUAAAACAGCGUUGGGCCUUUACGGUUAUAACUGUAUAUUGGGUUUUGUACUCAUGAAGUACCUUGAUCUGGAAGUUCAGUCAGAGGCUAAGGAGAUGUGGCUGGCAAGGGUGUUGCAAAGGAGGGCUCAUUUCUGUGGGUUAAUGCUGGGUUCUUGAUUAGGAUAAUGAUUUGUGAUAGGUGAGUGUGAACCAGAAAGCAGAUUGAGGGGCUUUGCAAUUUGAACGGGAUCCAUUUAAAGCCUUUUAGACUUCCACAUUUUCUCUUUUGCUACUCCUUUCUACCAAGCAUCAUUGGUUAAGAGAAGUCACUGAUGGGCUGGAGUGUAUCACACAAGGACCAGUGAUUGAGAGCUACUCAUGAUUUCAACGCUGUCUGGUUAUUAGCUAUUCUGUAAGUUCCUUUUGAGUCUGGAUAUUUGUGUAAGCCUCAGUUCUUACAGUGUUGAUUUUUAUGUACAGACUAAAUAUUUAACAGCUCGCAAAGCUGCAUUUUAAGUAUAAAGUCUUCAAGUGUUUGUAGUUGACUCGAAUCGAUCAGAAGUUACUGAGAUCCUGACAUAACAUUUAUUAAUCAAAGUGUAGCAAAUACUAAGUAUAUAUUGGAGAUAAAAUCAAGACAAUAAGGCUAUCUUCAGAUAGUCCAGAUAUUAAUAACUUCUUUUUGAGGCAGGGUUUCUCUGCGUAGCCUUGGGUGUCUUUUGAAUGUUUUGAAGGAAAGACGACUACUUAUUCUUUUCCUUUUUAGGGUUUCUGUUAUUUUCAUUUUACAUAUAUGAGUGUUUGCCUAUAUGUAUGUAUGUUUACUGUGUGUGUGUGUGUGUGUGUGUGUGUGUGUGUGCGCGCGCGCGCGCGCCUAGUUCUCUCAAAGGCAAAAAGAGAGCACUGGAUCCCCUGGACCUUGAGUUAUAGAUGCCUGUGAGCUGUCAUGUAGGUGCUAGGAUUCCAACCCAGGUCCUUUGCAAGAGCAGUGAGUGUUCUUAACUGCUGAGGCAUCUCUCUAACCCCUAAGAACCCUUUACAAAGUUAUUUGUAUUUUACGUGUAUGUGUGUGUCUUUUCUGUAUGUGUACCACAUGCACAUAGCUGUAGAAGCCAGAAGAGUGUGUCAUAGUCCCAGGGACUUGAGUUACAGACGGUCUGGAGCUGUCCAGUGUGGGUGCUGGGAGCAAGAGCAACAAGUGCUCUGAGCCAUCUCUUCAGCUUCCUAUUAAUGUUCUUACAACCGCCUUCAAGUAAACCAUUAGGUUCAUUUCAGCCUAUGUGUACCACGCAGGGUGGUUAUGAUGAAGACUUUGCACAGUCUGUGAGCAUGACGUGGAUAGUGCAGCACAGGUGUGCACCUGAGCCAUGAGACAGGUGUGUGUGUGUGUGUGUGUGUGUGUGUGUGCACAGCGCAGCACAGGUGUAUACCUGAGCCAUGAGACAGGUGUGUGUGUGUGUGUGCACAGUGCAGCACAGGUGUGUACCUGAGCCAUGAGACAGGUGUGUGUGUGUGCACACAGUGCAGCACAGGUGUGUGCCUGAGCCAUGAGACAGGUGUGUGUGUGUGUGUGUGUGUGUGUGUGUGUGUGUGUGUACAGCACAGCACAGGUGUGUACCUGAGCCAUGAGACAGGGGUGUGUGUGUGUGUGUGUGUGUGUGUGUGUGUGUGUGUGCGCGCGUGCCUGCACACAUGCGUACGUUUAUGCUUGUGUUUUUAGUUGGGUUUCUUAUCAAUCUUUUGCCCUAUUCACAGUCUGCAGGAUGGCUUGCAGCUCACUACCCUAGCUCAAGCUAAACCCCCAACAGGGCUGUAUCCUGACCUCAGGGUUUCUUCAUUUUCCCUUUAAGUGUCUUUUCAGUUGCUCAAAGACAGGUUUCUUUGACUCUAACUCACAGAGCCGGUAGGAGCAACCUCAGUCUGACAUUGUAGCUUCCAGUAGGUGUCCUUUGGAAUUGCCCACCACCGGGAUUUGUAACUUGCUUUUCAAAGCAACUGAACCUCUGUCAGCCAGCCCUGGACCUCUUCUUCCGGACAGACUCUUCAUAAGUAAGGGUUUUAUUAAUAGAGAAGCAGCUGUGAAUUUUUAGUUUUUGAAAAAAACUUAUGCAUGUGGGAGUUUUGCCUCCACCACAAGUGUGUAGCUGCGGCAGAGCCAGAAGAGGAUGUCUGGUCCCCUGGGUUUAGAGUUAGAGAUGCUUGCGAACCACCACACGGGUGCUGGGAUGCGCACCAGGUCCCCUGCGAGAGCAGCCAGCAGCUCUCCAUUGUGAGGUUUUACCGCAUUGAUACCACCUGUCUCAGGCCAGGUUUCUCGAAGCAUUUUCUAGCAUUACCACUUUCAGAGGCCUCAGACCUUAUUAAUUUGGGUGAUAACAUGUGGCAGAACACGGUAGAGCACGUGGUGAGCGAGGCUACCCAUGUCAUGGUUUCACUCCGAGCUACUUCAGUGGGGGCAGUUUUGGUCGUCUUCUUAAAGUUUAAUACUGAACCAGGGGUCGUUCUUGUAUUUCAUAUAUUAACUUUUCGUGUCAGCAGUUUGUGUUUGAAUUUGGUUUUUCAUUUGUUUAUUUAUUUUGCUUAUGUGUGUAUAGUACAUGUGUAGAGGUCACAGGAAAAUUCUCAGAUGAUUUUUGUUCAUCAACGAGGUGUAUUCUGGGAGUCAAGUUGAGGUUGUUGGGAUCGGUAGCAAACUCCUUUUACCUGCUGAACGGCUCACUAAUUUUAUUAUUUUGAAAGAGACUCAGCUAAGCAUUUCGCCUUAUGCCUACAAUCCCGGAUGAAACUGAAAGAAGAUUAUGAAAAUUUUUUUUUAAAGUCAUCUGGGUGUCAACAACUUAAAUAAUAAAAAUAAAUUACAAAGGUAGAGUUUUUAUUUCGUAGAGAUUUCACAUAAAAUAUUACCGGCAUUUUGUAUAUGGUUGACUUCCACUGUUUGAAUAUAUAGUUAUUACUGAUUCUUUUCCUUCUUUUUGAGAAGUUGUAACUCAGCUCUUUCCGAUAUCUCCUUCAGGCUGCCGUGCUGCUAUAGUUAAGCAAACAAACCCCCACAGAAUCUGACUCCCCUGACUCAGCUGCUCCUGGGCCUCAGGGCCUUCAUACCCGCCCGCCCCUUUAACCCUUUAACUUCACUCCAGAGUCACAGUUUUAUAUUUCUUGUUCUGUUGACACAUUUGUUUUUAGCAUGUUCCUUGUACCUUAGGGUGUGUAGUUAGUAGCUUUUAAUUGAUACAGUGAAAUAGGAUGGCAAUGAAGAAUGAUUGCCAGUGUUUUUGAGAAGAUACUUAGGAUCCCCAAAGCACAAUGAGGUGUGAAGCAGGCUUUCCUUGAAAGCAAAAAUGCGAGCUAUUGUGGAUAAACACAAACAUUUCCUGUUGUAAUUUGCUCACCUCUCAGAUCGUAUCCCCAGUCUCAACUUUCCUUUCAGGUUCCAUUCAUUCUUACUUAAAACCAAAAGCACUUUCUGUUGUCACUUUAAGCCAUUCUUCUUCCUUUUAAAGGCUUCAGUAUUGACACAGGAAGAAUUGUUACCUAAAAAAAGUAACAAUUUCAAAAGCAAAACAAUUAGACAUCAUUACAUGGAAGCAAGGACUACUUAGUCAGCGUAAGUGGAAGUUACUGAAGGCAGCCAGCCUCGGUAGGAUCCCAAGCAGCUUCUGUAAUUACAGCGAAGGCUUGGGUGCUUUUGCAAGCUUUAGAGCGGAGCUCUGCUCUUCUGCACUUUGUGAGCGCCUGAAUGAAUACAUUCACUGUACAUUGGAUUUUCUAAAAGAAUGGAAUCAAGUGAUGGCUUUUUCUUUAGAAUUUGAAUAUGGAGGCGUCAGGAACAGAUGAAGUUGACAAGCUAAAAACUAAAUUUAUAUCUGCUUGGAACAACAUGAAAUAUAGUUGGGUGUUGAAAACAAAGACAUAUUUUAGUAGAAACUCACCUGUUUUAUUGCUUGGAAAAUGUUAUCAUUUUAAAUAUGAAGAUGAAAGCAAGGUGUUGCCCGCAAGAUCAGGAUGUGCCAUUGAAGAUCAUGUAAUUGCAGGCAAUGUGGAAGAGUUCCGUAAGGAUUUCAUUUCUAGAAUAUGGCUGACCUACAGGGAAGAAUUUCCUCAAAUAGAAGCUUCAGCCUUGACGACAGACUGUGGCUGGGGCUGUACACUGCGGACCGGCCAGAUGCUGCUGGCUCAGGGACUCAUACUACAUUUUCUCGGUAGAGCCUGGACCUGGCCCGACGCACUGCACAUUGAGAGUUCGGACUCCGACUCAUGGACCUCCAACACCAUCCACAAGUUCACUGCGUCCUUUGAAGCCUCCCUUUCAGGGGAGAGAGAACUCCGGACCCCAGCAGUCUCUCUGAAGGAAACGUCCGGGAAGCAUCCCGACGACCAUGCAGUACAGAGUGAGAUUUACCACAGGCAGAUCAUCUCUUGGUUUGGAGACUCCCCUGUGGCUGUCUUUGGCUUACAUCGCCUGAUAGAGUUCGGGAAGAAGUCUGGGAAGAAAGCUGGUGACUGGUAUGGACCAGCAGUGGUUGCUCACAUUUUAAGAAAAGCAGUUGAAGAAGCAAGGCAUCCGGAUUUGCAAGGGCUAACAAUUUAUGUUGCCCAGGACUGUACAGUUUACAAUUCUGAUGUAAUUGAUAAGCAGACUGAUUCUGUGACGGCUGGAGAUGCUCGUGACAAGGCUGUUAUUAUUUUAGUUCCUGUUAGGCUUGGUGGAGAAAGAACCAACAUUGACUAUCUGGAGUUUGUGAAGGGUGUUUUAAGCCUUGAGUAUUGUGUUGGUAUCAUUGGCGGCAAACCGAAACAGUCAUACUACUUUGCUGGAUUUCAAGAUGACAGUUUGAUUUACAUGGAUCCUCAUUACUGCCAGUCUUUUGUAGAUGUCAGCAUAAAGGAUUUCCCUCUCGAGACAUUCCACUGUCCAUCUCCUAAGAAGAUGUCAUUUCGAAAAAUGGAUCCUAGUUGCACGAUAGGAUUUUACUGUCGAAAUGUCCAGGACUUUGAACGAGCAUCUGAAGAAAUCACUAAGAUGUUGAAAAUUUCCUCUAAGGAGAAAUAUCCAUUAUUUACUUUUGUAAAUGGCCAUUCCAGAGACUUUGAUUUUACGUCCACUGCAGCCAGUGAGGAAGACCUUUUCUUAGAAGAUGAAAAGAAGAAUUUCAAAAGAUUUAGCACAGAAGAGUUUGUCCUCCUUUAAAGGUGAAGACAUUUGUGCUUCUGAGAAGUGCUUGAGCACAGUGGAGUCGAAAAGAGCAACGAGCGAGCUGGAGAUCCUCACUAAGCACGUCCCUUUAACAGUGCACAUUCGAACACACCUAGACUUUAAAGGUAUUUUUCUGAAUACCUUUUCUAAACGACUUGAUGGCUCUUGCUUUCCAGUGAUAAAUAACAAGCUAUUCUGGUUGCAUUCCUGUUUCCCAAAGAUGUGCUAAUGGAACACUACAUAAACUGCAAGCCUUUCGGUCCCCAGCAUUUUCUACCUGAGCCCAUUGAUCCCCUGAAGGUUUUAUGAUAUAUGUUUCCUCCAAGAUUCAGAUCACCAAGUUACUUUUAAAAGCCUCACUUUGUAUUGAUGACAGGAGACUGGAUCUUCAGCGCUACCCAACCUCCUGCUCUCACUGUAACCAGAGGAUGUUUUGGGUUUAUGUAUCUGGAUAAUAAAAUGGACACAUAAAAUUAUAUAAGCAGGAUUUUAAGGCAGUACUUAACAAUGUGAUUUUAUAGCAACUACUCUUUAUGUGUUUCACAGAGUCUUCCAUGAGGAACAAAUAUAAAGCAUUUGUUUUCCUUUCACUUCUCCCUUUCCUUCUUUCCUUCCUUCUAUCCAUCCAUCCUUCCUUCCUUCCUUCUUUCCUUCCUUCCCUUUUCCUUUCCUCUUUCUUUCAAGAUUGGGACUCAGGAUUGAACCCAGGGCCUUGUAUAUGAGAGGCAAGUGUUCUAUCUUUGAUUUUUCUCCACAUAUUUAAAAGUUUUCGGUUGUAUCUAUAUUUAUUUUAAUUAGGUAAAGGAAAUUACAGAAUUGUAGCAUUUGUUUCCUAUCUUAGAAGUGAAGUUUUAUGGAAAUCCAAUGUACUACGUAAUUUUUAAUCUAAUGAUGAAUGCAAGAGAAAUAUGGAUGCUUUCUGAUUUUACUGUUUGUAUAAAAUGAUGUCAUGGCAUUUUGGAGCUGAGACUAUGUACAGGUUAAAUCUGCCUUAAGUGUGCUGUGAGUUUACUUUAAAGACAAACUUGUGAUAUAAGAGUAUAAGAGUUAUUAGCACGUCAGGAUUAUAAAAAAAUACUUUAAUUAAAAACAUGAGAAUAUAAGACA